AUGUACCAUGAGAUCAACCUAACACUCACCAUAACGCUCACUCGACAUGCCUACACCCUGUGCGCAACCACCCAGACGAAGCAACAACGAACCCCUUCGCAAACACCGCACCCGCAGACAUCGUCAACCCAACACGCCCUCUCCGCCCUGGGACGACAGCCUCUACCACUGGUACAGCCAACAGCCCACGACAUGGGAGAGCUCGUGGAGCCAGCCACCCAGGCACCGUCGCCGCCGCCGGCACCCGCCCCUGCCCUUUCCCUCCUCCUCAGCAAGAAGGCGCUCGACGCGAGCCGCACAGAGAUCCUAGUCUUCGCGUCGGGCAUCCUCUUCCUCGCGAGCCAGGUGUGCCUGCUGGUCUGGAUCCUGCGCCGCACUGGCGCCGCACCCACCGCACCUCACAGGAAAGAACACCGCAAGGUCGCCAUCGUCCUACCACCCGCGACGGAGCCCUCCCCACCUGCUGCCGCCGAAACACACGAAGAUGGAAACGGCGACAGCAACGGCAAUGACGAAUCUCUCAUCCGCCUCCGCCGCCGCAGCACCUGGGGCGGACGGUCCUCACACCCGGGCUCACUCCCGCGGGGACGGCGCAAGUCUGCCGGCUCGCGGAGCAAAGCGCACGACUGUGGUGGUGAUGAUGAUGAUGACGGAAACGAGGAGGACGAGGGCGGGAAGAAAGGCGGGCAGACUUCGCUGAGCAGCCCGGGCUUGGAACAGGAACUAGACUCUGAGGCUGGCUAUGCCGCGCUCACCGCCAUCGGGGACAUCGGUCGCAUGGCGGCAGCGCUGGCGACGCCCAAUUCACUGCCGCUAAACUCAGGCGGUGGUAGUCACGAAGGCGCGGAGGAGGACAUGGAGCUCAGGGAGUUCGACCCGCGGCGGGCGUGGGGCGAGGCGGGCCUCCUGGGGGCGUCGAUCGAGAAGCCGCGGUCGCCUCGGUCGCCGCGGGUGCUCGCCGCCGACCAGGCUGCCAUGAUGGAUGCGCUAUGCGCGGAGGAAGGCGAGGAGAGGGAGCGGAAGGCGGCUGCGCCGUCGCCUGUGGGCGGUAUCGAGGGGAAUCUGCCGGCGCUGUCUUCGGGAUUUGAUGACCCGCUCGGGGUGAACAGGCUUGUGGCUCUGCCAAGCAAGGAUGAUCAAGGCCCUGAGGGGAUUGAGCUAGAAUCGCGAGAAGAAGGGCGGGAUUCGUGA